UUGGAUACUUGAAAUGUCUCUGUUUGGUGAGAACCUAAAACUGCAGAACUGAACUGAAACUCUUGGGAGGGGCUUCCCCGAAUUGUUUUCCAAGCAGCCUGAAGUCUGCCAGUCAAUAGAAGAAAUAUCGUCAGUGCAUGGCUGGACUGCUUGCCCCACCCUAUGGAGUUAUGGAAAGUGGUGGACGCAGCACUGACAGAAUGCCUGACAAAGAGAACAUAAGCAACAACUCUUUUGGAUCCAUCUCUAAACAUCUGAAUAAGGUCCCAUCUGAGAAAAUCCUGCGAGCGGGGAAGGUUCUCCGUGAUGCUAUCCUCUCCAGAGCUCCCCACAUGAUCCGAGACAGGAAGUACCACCUGAAGACAUACAAGCAAUGCUGUGUGGGAACAGAGCUGGUUGACUGGCAGAUGCAGCAGAGCUCCUCUGUUUACUCUCGCAUUCAAGCAGUGGGCAUGUGGCAGGUGCUGCUGGAGGAAGGUGUUCUCAACCACGUGGACCAGGAGCUGACCUUCCAGGACAAGUAUAUUUUCUACCGUUUCCUGGUUGAUGAGCAGGAAGACGCUCCCCUGCCCACUGAGGAGGAGACCAGGGAGAGCGAUGAGGAGCUGCAGGAUACCCUCCUCCUCCUCUCUCAGGUCGGCCCCGAUGCCCACAUGCGCAUGAUCCUGAGGAAACCUCCAGGACAGAGGACAGCGGAUGAUUUGGAGAUCAUUUAUGAGGAGCUGCUCCAUAUAAAGGCCUUAUCGCACCUAUCCAUCACUGUAAAGAGGGAACUAGCCAGUGUCCUGAUCUUUGAGUCCCAUGCCAAAGCAGGAACAGUGUUGUUCAAUCAAGGGGAGGAAGGCACAUCGUGGUACAUCAUUCUAAAGGGCUCUGUAAACGUUGUCAUUUAUGGAAAGGGGGUUGUUUGCACGCUGCAUGAGGGAGAUGACUUUGGGAAGCUUGCCCUGGUCAACGAUGCCCCCCGCGCCGCCUCCAUUGUCCUACGAGACGAUAACUGCCACUUCCUACGUGUGGACAAGGAGGACUUCAACCGGAUCCUGAGAGACGUGGAGGCCAACACGGUGCGUCUGAAGGAACAUGAUCAGGAUGUUCUGGUCCUGGAGAAGAGCCCCAGCAGCAGCCAGACCUCCACCCACGGCACCACCACCACCUCCCACUACAAAUACACUGUGAUGUCAGGGACACCAGAGAAGAUUCUGGAGCACUUCCUAGAAAUGAUGCGACUGGACUCUCACCUCAACGAAUCAGACCCAGCUCUGGACGACUUUGUGCUCAUGCACUGCGUCUUCAUUCCUAACAGCCAGCUGUGUCCAGUGCUCAUGGCCCACUACCACGCUGAGGCGUCCCAGGGCUCAGAACAGGAGCGUCUGGACUACACCUUGAACAACAAGAGGAGGGUGAUCAGGCUGGUGCUGCAGUGGGCCUCAGUACAUGGAGAUCACCUUCAGGAGGAGGACGCCUCACUAGCCUUCCUAGAGGAGUUCUUUGUGUCUGUAUCUGAUGAUGCCAGUGUGAUUCCUGCUCUGAAAGAUCAACUCCCAGAGUUAGAGAAGAUAGUUAAAAACAGCUCUGAUGAUGCAAGAUCUUCUCCAAAAAAGCACAAAGUCCUGUUGCGGCAGUUCAGCAUGGGGGAUGAGAAGCUGCAGAAACGACAGGUCAUCAAGAGUAAUGAUGAGAUCCUGUUCAAAGUGUACUGCAGUGACCACACCUACACCACCAUCCGGGUCCCCGUGGCCGCCUCAGUCAGAGAGGUCAUCAGCGCUGUGGCCGACAAGCUGGGGUCAGCGGAGGACCUCCUCCUGGUCAACCUCAGUUCGGCCGGAGAUAAAGUGGUGCUGAAGCCCAACGAUAUUUCAGUCUUCUCCACGCUCAGCAUCAAUGGCCGUCUGUUUGUCUGCCCCAGGGAUCAACUGGAUUCAUUGACACCCUUGCCAGAGCAGGAAGGGCCCUCCACUGGCUCCAUGGGCAGCUUUGAGUUGAUGAGCUCUAAAGACCUGGCCUAUCAGAUGACUGUCUACGACUGGGAACUCUUCCACUGUGUACAUGAGCAUGAGCUGAUCUACCAUACGUUUGGGAGGCAGAACUUCAAGAAGACCACGGCCAACAUGGACCUGUUCCUCAGGAGGUUCAAUGAGAUCCAGCUGUGGGUGAUCACAGAGAUCUGUCUGUGUACUCAGCUCAGCAAGCGCGUUCAGAUGCUCAAGAAGUUCAUCAAGAUCGCUGCCCACUGUAAGGAGUAUAAGAACCUCAACUCCUUCUUCGCUAUCAUUAUGGGCAUGAGCAACCCAGCCGUGAGCAGACUGAGUCAGACCUGGGAGAAACUACCCAGCAAAUUCAAGAAAUUUUACAGCGAAUUUGAAAGCUUAAUGGACCCGUCCAGGAACCACCGGGCGUAUCGGCUCACUGUGGCCAAGCUGGACCCACCCAUCAUUCCCUUCAUGCCGCUGCUGAUCAAAGACAUGACAUUCACUCAUGAUGGAAACAAGACGUUAAUUGACAGUUUGGUCAAUUUUGAGAAAAUGCGAAUGAUCGCUAAUACAGUGAGGAUUGUGAGAUACUGCAGAAGUCUGCCAUUCAGUGCAGAGACAUCUCAGACCAGUAAGAACCACCCGGAUGUGCGGAGCUACGUGCGCCAGCUGACUGUUAUUGACAACCAGAGAACACUGUCUCAGCUCUCCCAUAGACUGGAGCCUCGCAGAACCUGAAUCCUCCCUGGACACUUGAAGGACACUGGACAGACACUGGACAGACACAUGUCACAUGCUGCUACUCUACUGCCAAAAAUAAGCUUGCUUUAUAAAGUAUGUUAUACUAAUACACACACAUACUACAUGGAACUUCACAUUAUUACAUGGAUAGUCAAGUAUCAUUUUAGAUGCUACAGCUACAGAGUUAAUCAGCUCCACCUUCAACAGUAUUUCAAAUGUCACUAUAAUUUCUGCUUCUUUGUUUCCUUUAUGUGUAUUGUUUUCAUUUUUAUAAACAAUUGGCAGCAGUCUGGUUUAAAUUAAAGGAUAUUUUGGAAAUAAUCAUCCAUUAGAUUGUUGCACAAAUCUAUGUCAAGUUGAUGUUAGUAAGGAAACUUUCCGAAUGGAAACAUUGGCUCUUAUUUCACUCCCUGACCUGAAUUACAAAUCCUGAUAUUCAGUUGUGGUUUCAUAUCUUUUUUUGUAAAUCAGAUUAUAUUUAUACAUAUUUUAGUUUGUGGUUUUUUAUUACACAUUGUACAAUGUAUUCAUAUAUUUAUUAUGACCUCAGCAUGCAAUGAUUUGAGAUGUUGGGCUGGAUAUAUGUGAGCACAUUCCUCUAUAAAAGUCUGAGGUAACUAUUGUCUGCAAUAUUUUUUCCCAUGUUUAUUCUGUAAAUAUUAAAAACGAAUUAAAUGUA